UAAUGGCUCAACCCCACCAAACACCAAGUGGCGCCGAAAAAGAGGGGACACUACCACUUCCUAGCAGGCAUACCCAGGUAAAAACCCCACUCUGGACACAGUCGGUGUAAUAAUUCCAAUGCAAUGGAGUUAGAUGGUGCUGCACCAACUGGAGACCAAGUGGAGGAGCAGUGGAUCAGGAGGAUGUCAGAGCAGCAGAGCGCCCCAGAGCAGCUGGCUGCUGGGAAGAGCCAGGGUGGAGCUGGAGCCACAUAUAAGGUGUUACUGUUUGAGUUUGAGAACUUUCAGGGCUGCAAGGCGGAGUUUUCCUCAGAGUGUAAAGAUGUGACAGAGAAGGGACUGGAGAAGGUUGGAUCUGUGAUAGUUGAGUCAGGACCCUGGGCGGGUUAUGAUCGGCAUGGCUUCACAGGGGAGCAGUUUAUUCUGGAGAAGGGCGAGUAUCCACGCUGGGACACCUGGACCAACAGUCAGAACAGCUACUCCCUCUUGUCUCUAAGGCCACUCAAAGUGGACAGUGCUGAUCAUAAGCUACACCUGUAUGAGAACCCUGGAUUUACUGGUAGAAAGAUGGAGAUCGUUGAUGAUGAUGUGCCCAGUUUGUGGGGCCAUGGUUUUCAGGAUCGCGUGGCAAGUGUCAAGGCUCUUAAUGGAACAUGGGUUGGCUACAUGUACCCAGGCUACAGGGGGCGCCAGUUUAUCUUCGAGCGAGGAGAUUUCAAGCACUGGAACGACUGGGAGGCCCCUGCACCUCAGAUCCAGUCAGUCCGACGUGUGCGGGACAUGCAGUGGCACAAGAGGGGCUGUUUCACUGUUCCUGACCCAGCUCCGGCUCCCGCCCCCGGACCCGUACCCGGCCCUGACCCUGACCCUGCCCCAGCACCUCCCGCCCCUCCUGCCACAGCUGGAGCCAGCUGAGCAGGAUCCUAACACACCUCCCCUGAUGCUGCCGACAGUGCCUGCCCUCUGCCUUAACCUAAACAUGGCAAACGCUGCUUGUGCCCAAUGAGGAGUGCCAUGUAUGUUUCAGUGGCGAAUAAAAGUUGUUUGACCUGGAGUGGGCCCUAUUUGUUGGUGAUGUUUUAAGUCAAGGUAGAAAUGGCUUUAACUGAGAUACUAAAGAUUUGGAAAAACCACUAUCAGAGAUGUAAAACUAACAUCUGUGUGGAAAUAAUGUAGCCUUCAUUUGGCAGAUAUUUGUCUUUAAGAUAAAUUGCAGAUGUGUUUUGAGCUGAAUUUAUUUUCAAGUCAUGUGCGCCACUUUUACUGCUUGUGCUUUCCCAUUUUAGUCAGACAGCUCAAAGCCCCAUCCAGCAUUAGGAGCACAUGACUUACUCAGUGAAUAUGUGAAUACGCAUCUGCUUAACAGCAAUGGAAGUGAUGUCAUACUUUAUGUAUGCUUGCUAUUAAAACAGAGUGCAUUGCAUUCCCUCCCAAAGUCA